UCUCCGGGAGGGAGGCGCGCUGCAGAGGAGAAACCUUGACCGGAGAACAUUUCAGGGUAAGAAUAGAGAAGAUGAGUCUCAAGACUGAUUUGGAAACGAACUUUGCUGAGUGUGUUUUAAAUGCAGGAAAAGUCAUCCUUGGGGAGAAGCAAAGGAGUGAAAUGGACCCUGACCUGCAGAAAGAACAGAAUCAAAGCAUCUUGCAUGCAAUAUGUGCUCUGCUGAAUUCUGGGGGAGGAGUGAUCAAGAUUGAGAUUGCGAACGAAGACUACGAAUAUAGAAUCCAUGGAGUGGGAUUGAAAUUGCUUCCAAUGUUCAAUGGCUAUUUAGAUGAGAUCCAACAGGAAGACCAAAACCUCUUUUUUAUUUUUGUGAAAUCAUGGAAUGCAAAGGCCUCUGGGGUACGGCUUGCUACUUUGUCCUCCAAUUUGUACCAGAGACAUAAAACAUCUACUAAUAAGAUGACAUCCGAGGAAGCACUGGCGUUUCUCAAAGGGAAGACUCAGACAUUUAGGGAUACUUUCAGUUUAAGUCCACAGAAUAUUCAGGACUGUGUACAAAGCGAAGAAGACAUAAAGGCCUCAGCUGCUGCUUUAUUUGAUAGAGAUUACCUCCAGUACUUGGAAACGCUCAGUUUUACUCAGUCCACUCACGUUGAAUUUAAAAUGUUCUCAGAAGAGGAAUUGCAACAUUUUGAGAAGGAUCUUUCCAGAUGUGUGUCUGCAUUUGCAAACACCGAAGGAGGGUACAUAUUUUGGGGGGUGCAUACAGGGACGCGUCAAGUUAUUGGAUGUGAAGAAGAGAAAAUAGAUCCCAACACCAUGAGGGACUCCAUUGGUAGCUGGAUUAGGAAGUUACCUGUCCAUCAUUUCUGUACCCAGAGGUGUGAGAUAAAAUAUGCCAUCAAAUUCCUUGAAGUAAAAAAUCAGGGGGCCCUCCAUGGAUAUGUCUGUGCAGUCAAAGUGGAGCAAUUCUGCUGUGCAGUGUUUGCCGAAGAGCCUAGUGCCUGGCAGGUGAAGGACAACCAGGUGACACGGCUGGCCACAAAGGAAUGGACAACUUGGAUGAUAGAAGCUGACCCAGAUCUUUCCAGAAUUUCUGACAUGGUCCUUCAAGUGAGUGUGUCAUCUACCAUACCCAAAAGCAGGAGUGUGUGCACUCAUAAGAAUUUGGAAUGUCUGGAAGAACAGCAAAAACGCUACUUUCCAGUAUCAUCAGACAACAUGCUGUAUGUUCCACAAAAACUCUACAUGGAACUCUUCUUAGAAAAUGGAGGACUCAGACGCUUAAUAAAUAAGGAAAUACGCGGUGUCUCUCAAGGAAUAUUGAUUUUUUCUCGAAGCUGGGCUGUGGAUGUGGGUUUGCAAGAGAAGCAGGAAGUCAUCUGUGAUGUUCUUCUGCUUUCCCAGAAAAAAAUCCCAGUCCUCUACACCAUCUUCAGAAAGGACGAUUGCUGUUGGAAGGACUAUACUCUGAGAGUCGCCCGUACCUUAAAGCAGAAGUUGGUGAACACAGGUGGCUACACUGGAAAAUUGAGCAUCAUUCCCAAGGCCUUCCUGCUGAAUCCUGAUACAACAGCAAAAGCCCUUAAUGGUUCAAAAUUGCCAAGUUACCCUGUGUCCUAUUGCCGGAUGACCACGGAGGACAUGGAAGUUCUGUUGCAGUCCCUAGUGAUAGUAUUGUGUGGGUUCAGAUCUUUGUUAAGUGAAGAGCUGGGCUGUGAGGUUUUGAACCUACUCACAGAUAAACAAUAUGAGUUGCUUUCAAAGAACCUUCGCAAGACCAGAUUGCUAUUUGUGCAUGGCUUACCUGGAUCAGGGAAGACCAUCGUGGCUUUUAGGAUCAUGGAAAAGAUCAGGAAUGUGUUUCACUGUCAACCAGGUAACAUUCUUUACAUCUGUGAGAACAAGCCCCUGCAAGAAAUCGUGAGGCACAAAAACAUCUGCAAGGCAGUGACCCGAAAAGCCUUCAUGAAAACAAACUCAAACUUUGAAAACAUUCAACACAUCAUCAUCGAUGAAGCUCAGAAUUUCCGCACUGAAGAUGGGGAUUGGUAUGAGAAGGCAAAAACCAUCACUCAGAGAGGAAAGGAUGGCCCUGGAAUUCUCUGGGUCUUUCUGGACUACUUUCAGACGAGUCACAUGGAGUACUCUGGCCUCCCCGACCUCCAAUACCAGUACCCAAGAGAAAAUCUCAUCAGAGUGGUCCGCAAUGCAGAGCCAAUAGCCAAGCACCUACAAAAAAUAAUGCAUGAAGUCAGACAAAAUCCACCACCUAACAUCCCCUCCGAGUACCUGAAUAUAUUCAGUGAAGCUGAAUGGUCUCAAGGUGUUCCAGGCAAUUUAGAGAUUAGUGAGCACAAGGAUAUGGAGCAGUUGGUGGAUUAUAUAGCAGAAAAAUGCCAUUUGCUUCUGAAGGCUGGAUAUUCCUGCAGGGAUAUUGCUGUGAUUUGCAGCAUAGCAAGUGAUGUACCCAAAUAUAUAGGUAAGCUUCGAAGAGCAAUAAGGAAGAGAAAAAGGUCUCAGUCCAGUGAGGAAUCUGAUCUGUUAGUAGUAGAAAGUGCAUCAGCUAUCAUGGGCAAUCACAUUGUAUUGGACAGUGUCCGUCGAUUUUCAGGCCUGGAAAGGAACAUCGUGUUUGGGAUCAAUCCAAGGGCAGCGCAGCCAGCUGUCUUCCACAAUCUUAUGCUCUCUUUGGCUUCUAGGGCAAGGAAACAGCUGUAUAUUCUGAAGUUUUCCAACUGA